AGCGAGGAAGAAGCCCAACAGAAGCAGCGACCACUCCCCUCCCCCAAAUAUUCGCCGCCGCCGCCACCCUCCUCCCCGCCGGCCUCCCUCCGCAAUCCCCAUACGAUAAUCUUGUUAGACCUUUCAUCCUCAUCUAGGCCGCCGAAACCAUGAACCCCGGCGGCGCCGCCGCUAUGGCGCAGAACCGCCGCACGCGCAGCCGGCCGCCGUCGGCGGCCUCCUCCCGCAAGUCCGAGGAUCCCUCCGCCGCUGCCUCUAACGGAAAUGGAAACGGCAACGUGAAGGCCCCCUCCAAGCCCGCCUCUCCCAAUCACGUCGCGGGGGAGAGGACGGUCAAGAACCUGCGGCUUUCGAAGGCGCUGACGAUCCCGGAGGGUACGACGGUGUCGGAGGCGUGCCGGCGUAUGGCGGCGAGGCGGGUCGACGCCGUGCUGCUCACCGACGUCAACGGCCUCCUCUCAGGCAUUGUCACCGACAAGGACAUAGCCACAAGGGUUAUUGCCGAGGGGCUGCGCGUUAAGCAAACAAUCAUCUCCAAGAUCAUGACCCGAAGCCCUCUGUACGUCACGGCUGACACACUUGCUAUCGAGGCGUUGCAGAAAAUGGUCCAAGGAAAAUUUAGACACCUCCCAGUGGUUGAAGAUGGUGAGGUUAUUGCCAUGCUAGACAUUGCAAAAUGCCUCUAUGAUGCAAUAUCAAGACUGGACAAGGCAGCAGAACAAGGAAGUGCACUUGCAGCUGCUGUAGAAGGGGUUGAGCGCCAAUUAGGAGGCAACUUCUCAGCUCCUCACACUUUAAUAGAAACUCUGAGAGAACGGAUGUUUAAACCUUCUUUGUCAACCAUUAUCACAGAAAGCACAAAGGUAGCAAUUGUUUCACCUUCAGAUCCUGUUUAUGUAGCAGCCCAAAAAAUGCGUGAGCUACGCGUCAAUUCGGUGAUUAUAACUACCGGAAAUUCGCUGCAAGGAAUCUUUACCUCAAAGGAUAUUCUUAUGCGUGUUGUGGCACAAAACCUUUCUCCUGAAUUAACUCUAGUAGAAAAGGUAAUGACUCCACACCCGGACAGUGCUACAUUGGAUACGACAAUUCUUGACGCACUACACAUUAUGCAUGAUGGCAAAUUCUUGCAUAUUCCUGUUAUUGAUGGAGAUGGGAAAGUUGUUGCUUGCUUGGAUGUUCUGCAGCUUACCCAUGCAGCCAUUUCGCUGGUCGAAGGUGGUCCUGGAGCUGCAAAUGAUGUGGCAAACACAAUAAUGCAGAGGUUCUGGGACUCUGCUCUUGCUUUGGAGCCUCCAGACGAGGAAUUUGAUAGCCACAGCGAAAUAUCUUUAGUGCCGCCUUCAGAGGCUGGAGAUGGCAGGAGUAGCAUUUAUCCUGCUGUUACUGGCAAUUCUUUUGCCUUCAAGCUCGAGGACCAGAAGAGACGUAUGCAUAGAUUUACAUGUGGUUCAGAGAGUUUAGACGAGCUUAUAUCUUCUGUAACACAAAGGUUAGGCACUCGCGGUGAGAAGGACCCAAUUCAGCUUUUGUACGACGAUGAUGAAGGUGAUAGGGUGCUGCUCACUACAGAUUCUGAUCUUGCCGGUGCUGUGACGCAUGCUAAAUCAUCUGGAUUGAAGGUCCUGAGGUUACACGUUGAUGAGUCGGAUUCCAAUUCUGAAGCUACAAAGCAAUUUCCGGAGCCGGAGCUGGUGUCUUCCCACACAAGUCAGUUGACGCCUGUUCAUUACGGGUUGAUGGCUGGAGCUAUUGCCUUGACAGGCGUCGUGGUGCUGGUUUACUUGAAGCGCUCAAGAGGAUGAAUUCAGAUAGGAACACAUUAUUCCAGUCCUUAGCUAUAUGACUAAUGUCUCUCAGAAGACUCGGCGCAUUGGCGCUUCAGCUGGCUAAGAAUGAGAACUGGAAAUCAUCGUAUACACCAGAUGCAGUGAUAUCCAGAAACUAAUCAGCUGGCACCAUCUCAAAGUUUUGAUCAACUGAGUUCAGUUAUAUACAGGGAAGAAACCUCAAAACUAUAUUUUGACCACAAAUCUGGUGCCAAGGGGUUACUUGUGGGAUAAUUUCCAAAUAAUCACUGAUCUGUCAAAUGGGGUGGAUAUAUUUUCUCUCCCAUGUGGUUGGUGAGUUGUCAGAUUAGUGCAUGUGCCUCUUACAUCUGUUCUGAAAGUAAUGUGCCAACGCCAGCAUGUCUUUUCUUUUUGACAUAAUAGCAUGAUGAUUAUUUCCAAAA